AUGCGAAUCAAACGGUUACCGAGAUUGAAGGCGUUUGAUCUGCCGACGCGCGCCGGACAACGUGGCGCCUAUUUUCCUGUGCGAGCCUACACACCGCAUCCAUCGCGCGGAUCGUGGCCCGUGGACUCCUCAACGGGCGAACAAUUUUGCUGGAUAGAGGAGGAAGACUUCUUAAAUUUGGCAAUUGGAAUUGGAAUUCAAAACUUCCCGGAAGGCUUAGCUGUCAGUCUUCCUCUUCACUCUGCUGGAUUUUCAAUGUGGCGCAGUUUUUGGUACGGUCAAUUAUCUGGCAUGGUAGAGCCCGUUUUCGGUGUAUUGGGAGCCGUAGCAGUAGCCGCCGCGAGGCCAGCGCUGCCCUACGCUUUGGCCUUCGCUGCCGGAGCUAUGAUCUACGUCGUAGUAGACGAUAUUAUACCUGAGGCUAAUACGAGCGGUAACGGUAAGUUGGCCACGUGGGGCGCAGUUUUGGGUUUCGUGGUAAUGAUGUGUCUUGAUGUCGGUUUAGGAUAAAACAAUGCUACUUCGAUCUAGACCUAAUUUGUAG